AUGUCGUUGACUACCUCAACUACUGAGUUGCUUGGCAUUAAGCACCCUGUUAUGCUUGCAGGCAUGGGUAAGGUCGCCGGCGCCCCUUUGGCUGCGGCAGUAUCGAAUGCUGGUGGUCUUGGCGUCAUAGGUGGAAUUGGAUACUCUGUCGACCAACUCAGGGAGAUGCUCUCAGAGCUCAAAUCACUUCUGCGAGAUCCAUCGCUACCAUUUGGAGUUGACCUGCUCUUUCCACAAGUUGGUGGCUCGGCGCGAAAGACCAACUACGAUUACACGAAAGGAGAAGCCGAGCAACUAAUCGACGUAGUCAUCGAGAGUGGGGCAAAGUUGUUCGUCUCAGCUGUAGGCAUUCCACCUAAGCACAUUGUGGACAAGCUCCACAAGCACGGCAUACUAUACAUGAACAUGAUUGGACACCCGAAGCACGUCCACAAGGCGUGUCAGAAUGGUGCAGAUUUGAUAGGUGCUCAAGGUGGUGAGGGAGGAGGUCACACUGGAGAGAUACCCACCAGUAUCUUGAUUCCAGCAUGUGCAGAUGUUUGCAGGCAAUACAAAUCACCAUUGACUGGAAGGCCAGUACAGCUGGUAGCUGCGGGUGGACUUGCGGAUGGGCGUGGUCUGGCCGCCUCUCUCAUGUUCGGCGCAUCAGCAGUCUGGAUUGGAACCAGGUUCGUAACCGCUAAUGAGUCGGGAGCCUCCAAAGCCGCCAAAGAGGCUAUAAUCAAAGGUGGAUUCGAUGCGACCAUCAAGUCAACAAUUUGGACUGGAAGACCACUGCGUGCCAUCAGAACACCCUACAUCGAGAAUUGGGAGAAGAACAGGCAGGAAGAGCUGCAAGCGCUUCAAGUAAAGGGUAUCCUAGCGUACGAACAUGAAAUGGACAAGCUAGCAAAAGAGGGAAAAGUGACAGACGAGAUUGAGGAUCAAUCAGCAUGUCAUCCAACUGGUAUGGUAGCUGCGCUUAUCAACAAGCCCAACCAGUCGGCUGAAGAGAUUGUCAAAGAGAUUGUUGCUGAGGCGUAUCAAUUGUUGAGCAAUGCUCAGCAAUUCGUGAAGCAGACAGCCAAGCUGUAA